UGUCUCUCCAUUCUACCUGACCCUCCGAGUCCGAUUCUUCAUCUCAGACCCCAACUCUCUACAGCAUGACCAGACCAGACAUAUGUACUUCCUCCAGAUCAGGAGUGACAUCAGAGAGGGCAGGUUGAAGUGUCCUCUGAGUGCAGCUGUAGUACUGGCCUCCUAUGCUGUGCAGUCUGAGCUAGGUGACUACUCCCCAGACCUUCUCCCUGGUUACCUGUCCAAAAGCCACUUCCUCCCGGAGCAGGAUGAUGACUUCCUGUCUAGAGUGGAGGCUCUGUACCCAGGGCACAGGGGGCUGAAGCAGAGUGAGGCAGAGCUGUGUUUUCUCAACACAGCAAGAACUCUGGAGAUGUAUGGAGUGGAGCUACACACUGCCAUGGACUCUGACAGUUCCCCUCUAUUGGUGGGAUUGGCCUCAGGGGGCGUGGCUAUCUUCUGUAACAUGAUUUGCUCCAGUUUCUUCCCCUGGGUGAACAUCAUCAAGAUAUCCUUCAAGAGGAAACGCUUCCUUAUGCAGCUCAGACGCAAACAUGGGGAGACGCAGGACUGUGUGGUGAGCCUGGUCUUGCCGUGCCCCAGGGCCUGUAAGAACCUGUGGAGGUCAUGUGUGGACCAUCACUGCUUUUUCCACACCAACCUGGCAACCCGUAGCCCACACCGCACCAACCUGGCAACCCAGAUACACAACAAGCUGCUCUCACAACACUGGGCCUUGGGCAACACUAAAACAGACAGUGGUCCAGUGUGUAAGAAAGUGAUGGGUGGGAUGGAGUGGAACCCAGCUCUGAGGGGAUCCACCUCGUCAGAACACCUGGAGACCAAGAGCCUACCUUCCCGAUCCCCCCCGCUCACACCCAACUGGCGGAGUCCUCGCGUGCGUCAUGGCCCCUGUAAACCCCGCCCCUCCUCAGUGGAGCUGAACAAUGACCUGCACGACAUGUCGGAGGGGGAGGAUGUCUUUUACACCUACAGGGUCUCCCUCAGCAGCAGCAGGGGCAGCCAGGAGAGCACGCCUACACACAGCCAAGGAGGUGGAUGGUCGCAGGUUGAUGACAUCAGCACAGGAGAGGAAGACAUUAAGGCCACCUCUCACUACCGGGACAAGCGUGCUCUUGGUGAUGGCGACCUGCUAUUGGUGCGUCUCGCUCCUGAUCACGAUGGAAAGUUUGGUUUCAAUGUCAAAGGUGGCGUGGACCAGAAGAUGUCCCUGGCCAUAUCCCAGGUCAACCCUGACUCCCCUGCGGGGCGGGUUGAGCCAAGGUUGUUGGAAGGUGACCAGGUCGUGCUGAUCAACGGUCGCGACAUCUCUGAACACACGCAUGACCAGGUGGUCAUGUUUAUAAGAGCCAGCAGAGAGUCCCACUCCAGAGAACUGGCUCUGCUUAUACGACGCAAAGGUCCAGGGCGUGUGGCCCCCCUGCUGCAGUUUCCCUCUGCCCUGUCUCUGACUGGCCAAUCACACGGUGAUCCACUGCUUCUGCCUGGCCAAUCAGAACAAGGCCAGACACUUGAAGAGUCCAUGAAACAACUGGAGAGGGGAAUCCAGACAGGCACUCUCACCUUCCACUUCGAGAACCUGUACAUGAGGAAGCCUGGCCUGUCAGUAGCCUGCGCUCGUCUCCCUGAGAACACAGACAAGAACAGAUACAAGGACGUGCUGCCCUAUGACAUCUCCAGAGUGGUACUUCAGGACCAAGAGGACUACAUCAAUGCAAGCCACAUCACGGUGAUGCCCCCAGGGUCUGGUGUGUGUCUGCGCUACAUUGCAGCUCAAGGACCGCUGCCUCAGACCUGCACUCACUUCUGGCAGAGUGUGUGGGAGCAACACACACACACCAUCAUCAUGCUCACCACACUCACCGAGAGAGGACGGACUAAGUGCCACCAGUACUGGCCACACCCUCCUGAAGUGAGGGAUUAUGGGUACCUGAGGGUCAGCUGCCACUCUGAGGAAUGCAACCUGGCCUACGUCACACGCCAGUUCACCCUCACACACACACAGCUGGAAGAGGAGCGUUCGGUGACCCACCUGCAGUAUGUAGCAUGGCCAGACCAUGGUGUACCUGAUGACCCCUCAGACUUCCUGCUGUUCAUCACCUCUGUUAGAGAGAGGAGGACAGGAGACACACCACUUAUGGUGCACUGCAGCGCAGGGAUUGGGCGUACAGGUGUUCUCAUUACCAUGGAGACGGCGUUGUCGCUGUUGGAGAGCGGUCAACCUGUGUUCCCUCUGGACAUCAUCAGGACGCUCCGAGACCAGAGGGCCAUGAUGAUCCAGACCACGUGUCAGUUCCGGUUUAUGUGUGAGGCCAUCCUGCGUGUCUACAGAGAGCGAGAGGAGACCAUUCUGCAGCACCACCCUCAGCACUGCUAAUGGACCAUUAACAGCAGGAUGGGGGGACAGCUAUCCACAAUGCUAGGCUAACAGGAGGUGGGGGGACAGCUAUCCACAAUGCUAGGCUAACAGGAGGUGGGGGGACAGCUAUCCACAAUGCUAGGCUAACAGGAGAAGAGUACUGCUAGCCCCAGCGCUAGGCUAACAGGAGAAGAGGACCGCUAGGCUGUAGCCUUAGAGAGCCAUAGCACUCCACUAGCCUUAAGUGCUCGGCAACGGCUAGCCUUCUGUUGCUACAGCACAUAACGAGCCAUAGUGUCGAAUGUGCUCAGCUAGUCCUAUCCUUAUGUUAGCCAUAGAGCACCGCUAGCAGGAAGGACCAUGUACUGCAAAGGUCUUUUUUUUGUUUUUUUGUAAUUCUCUGGACCAAAGUGCUACUGUAUGAGUGACUGAAGACUGUAUCUCAGUUCCUCCUGAGUGGAGGCUAUAUAGCCUUCCUAAUGGUGGCCCUCGGCUAGUUCCUCCUGAGUGGAGGCUAUAUAGCCUUCCUAAUGGUGGCCCGUGGCUAGUUCCUAUUGAGUGGAGGCUAUAUAGCCUUGCUAAUGGUGGCCCGUGGCUAGUUCCUCCUGAGUGGAGGCUAUAUAGCCUUCCUAAUGGUGGCCCGUGGCUAGUUCCUCCUGAGUGGAGGCUAUAUAGCCUUCCUAAUGGUGGCCCGUGGCUAGUUCCUCCUGAGUGGAGGCUAUAUAGCCUUCCUAAUGGUGGCCUGUGUCUAGUUCCUCCUGAGUGGAGGCUAUAUAGCCUUCCUAAUGGUGGUCCUCGGCUAGUUCCUCCUGAGUGGAGGCUAUAUAGCCUUCCUAAUGGUGGCCCUCGGCUAGUUCCUCCUGAGUGGAGGCUAUAUAGCCUUCCUAAUGGUGGCCCGUGGCUAGUUCCUCCUGAGUGGAGGCUAUAUAGCCUUCCUAAUGGUGGCCUGUGUCUAGUUCCUCCUGAGUGGAGGCUAUAUAGCCUUCCUAAUGGUGGUUCUCGGCUAGUUCCUCCUGAGUGGAGGCUAUAUAGCCUUCCUAAUGGUGGCCCGUGGCUAGUUCCUCCUGAGUGGAGGCUAUAUAGCCUUCCUAAUGGUGGCCCUCGGCUAGUUCCUCCUGAGUGGAGGCUAUAUAGCCUUCCUAAUGGUGGCCCGUGGCUAGUUCCUCCUGAGUGGAGGCUAUAUAGCCUUCCUAAUGGUGGCCCUCGGCUAGUUCCUCCUGAGUGGAGGCUAUAUAGCCUUCCUAAUGGUGGCCCGCGGCCAGUUCCUCCUGAGUGGAGGCUAUAUAGCCUUCCUAAUGGUGGCCCGUGGCUAGUUCCUCCUGAGUGGAGGCUAUAUAGCCUUCCUAAUGGUGGCCCGUGGCUAGUUCCUCCUGAGUGGAGGCUAUAGAAUUAGGCCUUUUCUAGACUAGAGAGAUUGACUCGUCUGUCUGUAUUGUUGGGAGAGUGUUGAGGCUUCCAGUGGAUUCACAGUAGAGAUGAACACUGCCAGAGCCACCACACACUACACCCGCUCCCACCUUCCCUAAAUGAUUGAAUAAACACACUGACAUCUA